UUCUCCGCCUAUUGGCUGAACGAGCUGUCAGUGGCAGCAGUCCAUAUUUUCGGCCGGGACAGUAGCACGGCCAGCAGUGAAAGUGAGAAAUAACUCCGUAAACUUGGGAUUCUUCUGACCACGAGGACUGAUGAGCGAACGAAAACACAUAUGAAGGGCAGCAGGAUGAAUGUGGAGACUCUCAGUAAAGCUGAACUUCUGAUGCUGCUCAGCAUUCUGGAAGGAGAACUGGAAGCACAAGAUGUAGUCAUACACACACUCAGGGCACAACAGAGAGAUGCAUUUGUACAGGAGCGAUAUGGACAUUACAACCUCCGUGACCCCUUCAUAGCACUGCUGAGGGACAGAGAACUGUCGCAGGCUCAGGAUGAUGCACGGCAGAGUCCCGUGUGUCUGAACCCGCUGGGUGUGCUGAAACUAGUGAUGGCCCACUGCACCAACAUGAAGGAGAAAUUGCUGAAACAGCUCGCUGCUGCAGAGAGGAGACACAGACGGGUAAUAGCUGAUUUAGAAGAAGAGAAACGACGGCGUGCUCAAGACAAUGCUGCGGGUGAUGACAUCACUGUCAUGCUGGAGAAGGAACGAGACAGACUACUGCAACAGCUGGAGUUUGAGAGGGCUCAAGUCGAACGUUUAGAACGUGAGCGGUCAGUCCUGUCGAAGCAAGCUGAGGAGGAUUUAGCGCAGCAGCAGCAGUUAUCCUCAACCUUGGCGAAAGAAUGUCAGAAGGCUACAGCACGGGCAGAGGAGGAGAGCCAGCGGGUUGCAGAGCUCAGCCGCCAGCUGGAACAUGAGAGCAGUACUAUCAAAGCCCUAAAGGGGGAGCUGGAGAGCGAACGCGCUCAUGCUCAGCAGAUAGAGGCGAGAGGUGAGAGAAAGCUGGCCGAAUUGGAUACAGAGUGCGAGCAGAUGAGAGGGAAACUUCGGAAGGAAGAAAAACGAUAUCAGGAGCUUUUGGAGAAGUUCAAUAGUCUAAAGAAAGAGUUGGAUGAAAUGAAAGAAAGAGAAAAGGCAGGGCUGGAAAAGGACAAUGAAGAAAAGGUAAAAACUCCACAGAAAGCAACCACAGGAAUCACGCCUCCUCUUAGUCAAACAGAAGUUGAUGGCAAAACCAUUGCAUCUAAAUCAUCUCCACAACCCAAGCUAAAUGGUCACCACACUCCCAGAGAACCAGAGUCUCCAGCAGAUGAGAGGUGCAAGGAAGAGGGAUCGGUGGACAUUGGGGUAGUGCUCCCUGGAGGAAGUGGAGCCUUGCGGUGUCUCUCCCCCAGCAGUCCUGCCUCAUCCUCCCUUAGCUCAUCUCCUUGCUCUUCCCCAGUACUGACCAAGCGUCUGGCCUCUCUAGGCUGCUCUAGUCCGACCUAUCCAUCCUCUUUCCAAGUCGGGAUCAACCAGCGAUUCCAAGCAGCACGCCACAAGUUUCAGCAACAAGCUGAGGCAGAACACAAACACGAAGUAUCCAUUGUCCACUCCCCUCGAGACCUCUCUCCUACUGCGGCUGUUCCUACUACUCCAGACAAUUCUGCAGCAAAGCAGAUUGCCCGAAACACUGUCACUCAGGUGCUGUCACGGUUCACGAGCCAACAAGUGGCAAGUAAACUCCCUCCGUCCAACAGCUCGCCCUUUGGCACUGAUUACCGCAAUCUGGCCACAGCCUCCUCACCGACAGGGAAGAGCCCAGGACUUCUUUCACCAGGGAUCCGUUCACCAAUAAUUCCUAGGGCGGAGAAGAUUCAUCCAUCCCCUGUUGCUCCCAAAAAGCAGGGGGUCAACCAGUCUCCUGGCUCACCAGUACUUUCUGGAAGGGCCAGCCACUUCCCCGAGCUCUCUGGGAGCUGUGGUCUCACCAGUGGUCAGGAAGAUGCAAAAGAGUUUGACUUGGUCAUGUCAUCAUCUACUUAACCAGCCUAGAGUCCACAGCCUGUCCUUAGCCUUCUCCACUCCAUUCCCUCCAGUGGCAUUUAAAGCACUCUCUUGAGAACCUCAAGGUUUCCGUCUUUUGUUAUUUUUCACCCUUAUUGUCAUGUCAUAGUUGUUCUUAAGAGGGUAGUUCACCAAAAAAUGAAAAAUCUGUAUUUAUUUACUCACUCGCAUGCCUUUAUGACCUUUUGGAUCUUUUUGCUUUCCUGGACUUUCAGUGGAGGAAAACAGAAACCAGUCAUUGAAAAAUAUCUUAAUUUGUGAUUUGAUGAUUAAUCAAAGUCUUACAGGUUUGAAACAACAUGAGGGUGAGUGAAUUCAGACAGAAUUUUCAUUUUUGGGUGAACUGUCAUUUUAAGUACCUCGUUUUGGAUGUCUCCUUAUCUGAAACCGUUCAGGUCUUGGAACCUCUACAAACGAGUUAAUGUGUUAAAGAAAGACAUCCAGAAUGUUCAGUGAUGAGAUACUCCAGAACUGAAAACCACUGGUCUAAAAGGGUCGCCACCCCUACUCCUGGAGUGCUACCUUUCUGCAGAAUUUUGCUCAAACUUUAAUCAAACACACCUGAACCUGAAACCUUCGGUAUCCCAGAACAAACCUUAAUGAAUGAUAAAAUGGAAGUAUAUAAAGUAAAAACUGUGCUAAGCAAAUAGUGAUUAGUCUUCAACCAAUCGGUCAGUCUUAGGCUACUAAUGAGAAAAUGAUGUCCGUCUUGAUCUGUCUGGUGACUGACGUUUAUAUUACGUUUAUGGUAAAUAUAUAAACUAUUGGUUUUCUGACAAGCAGUAAUAUAUAAUGUGCAGUUGCUGUUAACUUCCUGAGUCUAUGUUGAAAUAAACUACUGGAGAUAUGAACUGAUAUGAAAUGGUCAUGGAAAACCUCUGUGUCCUACUGUAUUGCACUAUGACUACAUCGUCCUCUAGUGUCAGUCUGAAGUGCUGCUCAGGAAGCUGCCACCUGGUGUUUGGGCAGCAUUAAACAUCAGCCAAACCAGAAUACCUUCUCUGUAAAUGAAGAUUAAAAAUGCUUGUUUAUAUGCCACACAAAUUCUUGUCAUGUGACAUGAUAGUCAACAAUAUUUACAAUUAAGUUAAAAUUGUGUGUUCUGUGAAUGUAAUUCUGGGUGUAACAACCAUGCCUGGAUGUAUUACUCCAUCGCUGAUUUUUAUGUUUAUACUGGUCAGUCUUAUAUUUAAAAUGUAAUUUUAUUAAACAUUAGGUAGAACCUAUAGCACCAGUUUACAUGAUUCAACACCCUGGUAAAAGCACAAAUGAGUAAUGUCAUUUAAUGAUUACUUUACCCUGGGACUUUUUCUUUUCUUACCUCUAUCCUUCUUGAAGUCUUUUGGCAUUUAAACUUUUUAGUAUGAAAAUAGAUAUGCUUUUAUGUUUGUGUAAAAAUCUUGCUGGCAUGAAGGUAUUGCUCACAUGAAUACAGUAUACAAUCUUAACUUGCUUAUAAGAGAACAAAGUAUGUUGGGGUUUUAUGAGUAAAUGGGGUGCAUGUAUCGGUCCUGUCCUACAGGUUUCAGCUGCUCUACUGUCAUUCAAUGUUUUUGUUUUUAAUACCUCACCAUUUCUCCUACUGUACUGAAACCUUUUUAAGUAGCAGUUUAGAUUUUUACUACUGGAAUGUUUUUUUUUUUUUUUUUUUUUUUUUUUUGUGCAUCAAUAAACCUGAACAGAAACUUGGAAUUUUUAUAUUUCUACCUGAGACUUUCAAAGAACAGGUUCUAAACUUUUAGCUAGCUGUAUGAGUUUCUUAAAUUAGUUGCUUCUUCCCAUAUGAUUUUUACAGCAAAUUAGCAGUGUUGAAUUUAUGACCAACCAAUUUUCCCCCUAAGUUAACUUUUUUUUUUUUUUAAUUCAACUGAUUUUAUUGUGAAUAUAGUCCUCACCCUAAGAACAUCAUAAAGGAUAAGAGUAAAUCUGUAUAGACCUCAGGUACAAACACAAGAGUUUGCACAAUAAAAGCUCAGCAGUAUACAUUUAGUCAUUUUGGUGCCAUUUACUGUGAGCAGACAUUAUGUUUGCAUGAAUUAAAAUCUGAAAAAAUAAAGGUUAUGAGAGACAGAGAAUAUGCUAGUCUUACAGGAUGGGUGUAUUUUACAGAGGAUCUUGAAUGGAACAAUCAAGACAAACAAGGUUAACGUGAAAGCAGUGUGGCAGAAACAUGCAGUUGCAACACUGAUGGAGCCCUCAGUGCUCUGGCCAGAGAGGCAGAUUUACUGUGUGGGUUGUGGAUAUGUUGCAGACUGUGGAUACCUUAAAUGCAUCACAAGUACCUGUAACAGACAGUCUGAACCUCUAUAUGUGAAAUCAAUUCAACUGGUGUAUAAAUAUAAAAAUCAUUGAUUAAUUUGGGUGUCUUUUUGGGUUAUUAAACCAUUUUAGUUUAGCAGACUGUGAGUCACUGUUAGACAAAGAUACGGUGAAAGCAGUUAAGACAGAUGGCCAUUCCAAACCCAGACACAAAGCCCAUUCCCCUCCUCUCCUCUCCUGACCUCAUGCAUUCCCUGUUUCAGCCUGGAGAGUUGAGGUUGUCAGUAGGUGGAGGAGGUGGAAAAGGUGAGAUUGUCGUCUGACUGGGGUUUGGAGAUACAGUGAGUGAGACAUUACUUAUCCACCAUUUUAAAACACAAAACCGUUUGCACAAGCAUUGCAGCUAU